UUCCAAACUUGUUAUUAAUUAAUAAACAAUUGUACAUUACUAUUGUAAUAUUGAUUUUUUAACAUUUCGCGUCUUAAUGUUUGAGGAUGAUAAAGUGUGAAGUUGGUUAUUUCUGGCGGUUGCUUCUUUAUUGCUUCGUGUGCACUUUUGUCGGUCCGUUUUACGAUAACUGGGUUUCUGUUGAGAAAUGGCUCUACAGGGAGGGUGCUUACAUCGAUAUGUGCCCGGAUGUACCGGAUACUGCUACAUUUGCUGACACUUGGUACUGUGCCGACCAGCAGGUGAAAGUCAGUAUGUUACUGCCCAUAUGUCGCGUUGCUGAGACCUCUAUGAGUUUUCUGAUUGGUAUAUUUAUGGACUUUGUUGGUCCGCGUACCACUGCUAUUGUUGGUAUAAUUCUCCGUACAAUUGGUUGGUCAUUGAUGUCUUUUGCUGUUCGGAAGCCUGGUGGAUUGAUAGCUUCCUUUGUUCUCUUGGGUACAACUACUAACUUUAUCGUAUUUCCUUGUUUAACGAUUGGACUGUAUAAUCGCAAGUACCGUCACCCUGCUGUGUUGGUGAUUGGUAUGUGUAGUUGUUUUGCAUGUAUGUUGAUGAAGUUGAAGUUAAUGAUUCUAGAGACAGGAUUCUUUACUGCAAAACAGAUAAACCUUUGGUACACUAUAUUACUGAUCUUUCCACAUUUGCUGGUAUGCAUUUUGUUGUUACCCAGUGAUGUCAAGGCCCUGGAAAGAGAGGAGGUUGAACAGAUUGUCAUCCUCGAUGAGGUGGCAUCUGUAAAGGAGGGCGAGAUGUCUACAUUGACCAGUGAUUCUGUUGUACGGAGAGAGUCUCAGACCAUGAGAUUUGACGAGACACAUCAAACUGAGGUUGUUCCUGUACAUACUAAGGACUUUACUGCCUGGACACUCCGUGGUUUCGCUGAAGUGUUGCUUAAAAAGGAGGUUUUCGUUUCGUUAUUAUAUUUUGCGUUUAACUUCAGCAGCAUUACUCACGUCCAGCAAGUUUACAGUUUGGUGCAUCACGAUGACUGGUUAUUAUUGGAAUUGAAUGAGUACAUGGUUCCACUUGCUGUGAUUCCAUGUAUCAUUUUUGCGUUUCUCUAUAUGUUUAUGAAACCUAUAUACAUAUUGAUAUUUAUGAAUACCAUAGGUCUUUUCAUGCACCUUUCGGCAAUGGGUGACGGUCGUGCGCUUGGUAUAUUCUUAUCCAUCACCUUGGUUAUUACCUACAGUAUAUUGAACACUCAGGUCUACAACUAUUUGGAUGGGAUGUUCCAUAGGGCUUAUUUGGGUUCAGUUGUGGGUGCAUUGAAUGGUAUGUGUGGUCUUUGGAUGUUUAUUCAGAUGCUUGCUGUCCAGUACAAGACCAGUCGUUAUGAGAUUGUUGUUGUUAGUGGCAUACUGGCUGCUAUGCGUUUUCUUUUCUUAUUGCCAUACGUUUACUUUAUGGUUACUACCCUUUUAGCAAUACGGCGUACGAAAAAGUUGGAAUCAAUUGAUGCUAAAGUUUAAAAUCUGCGCUGUUUGUGUCGCAUCGAAUUUAUUACACCUGCUACGUGAACGUUAACACACACGCCAAGUAAUGUUCCGUUUUAUUUGAUCGCUUUGAGGCUUCCUAUAGGAUCCACAACUUACGUUCGGAGGCUCGUAUGCACAUUCACUGAGAUGCAUAGUAGCACAUUUGCUUGACUAAAGUCGAAACUGACACAUCUCAGAU